UCACUGACGUGACGUCGCGCUUUCAGCCAAAGCUCAGGUUUAAUUAAAACGGGUAGUGAGCUAUCUGUUUUCCAUUGCAAAAGUUAGAAAAGGCUUGUUGACAAAAGACAGGCUAGAUAGGCUACUAAUUUUACCUGGAUUUGCGAUUGUACGUGGUAACUGAAAGGACAAUGUUAUUGCCGUAUUAUUAUUUUUAUAGUUUUGUAGAAAAAAGGUAAAUGGUCCGACAAUAGGCCUAUAGGUUACAUGUCCGGGGAUGGAGGAUUGAUUAAUAUGCACUUUUAAUCAAAUGGAAUCAACAAUGACUACGGGGUGCAAUGGACUGGGUGUGUAGUCGGAAGAUGAAAACUUCAUAGAUGAGAUUCAUUUAAAUGUGUGGACUGUUUUAAAGACAAUUAUCCAAAUGUUAUUUUUUGUUGUCUACACCAGUAUUUAGCGUAUUUGUGUAGAUUUUUACUACUUUAUUUUUUUAUCAUGCCAAUGAAAAGGAAUGGAACGGAAAGCCCGAUCAGGGAUGAGUCUUUUCAUCAUUUGCAGCCGUCUCCAAAGAAGCUCUGUGUUGAGCACGAGGAAAUUACCCUCGCUGUCUUAAGUGAUGACAAAUUGCAAGGAGAUUUCGGAAAUAACACUCUUUCCAGGUUCGAAGAAGAGGAUGAUUCGGGAAUUAAAUCAGAAGUAGAGGACUGCAAUGAGACCCCAUCCUCUGAAGAGGACCUGGAUCCCUCAGAGUACACAAAAGAGUUGUCUUUCAAACAGUCAGUUCCGAAGAAAAGCAUCACCCAAAUAAUUAAGGAUAAGAAGAAACAGACGCAACUGACCCUGCAGUGGCUUGAAGAAAACUACAUUGUUUGUGAAGGUGUUUGCUUGCCACGGUGUAUUCUAUAUGCUCACUAUUUAGACUUCUGUAGGAAGGAAAAAUUAGACCCUGCCUGUGCUGCAACUUUUGGAAAGACUAUUCGCCAGAAAUUUCCUCUUCUAACAACCCGGAGGCUUGGAACAAGAGGUCAUUCAAAGUAUCAUUACUAUGGCAUUGGCAUCAAAGAAAGCAGUGCAUAUUACCAUUCAGUAUACUCAGGAAAAGGCCUGACCAGAUUUUCUGGGAGUAAACUUAAGAAUGAGGGGGGUUUCACACGCAAGUAUUCCCUCAGUUCUAAAACUGGAACACUUCUGCCCGAAUUUCCAAGUCCACAACAUCUAGUGCUUCAAGGCUCGGUAUCCCGAGAUAAGUUGGACACGCUGGUCAUGAUGUACAAAACGCACUGUCAGUGCAUCUUGGACAAUGCCAUCAACAGCAACUUUGAAGAGAUCCAGAAUUUUCUGCUGCAUUUCUGGCAAGGGAUGCCUGAUCACCUCCUUCCACUUCUGGAAAACCCUGUCAUUGUGGACAUCUUCUGCGUGUGCGACUCCAUAUUGUACAAGGUCCUGACAGAUGUUCUCAUUCCUGCUACAAUGCAAGAGAUGCCAGAAAGUCUCCUGGCAGAUAUUCGCAACUUUGCCAAACACUGGGAACACUGGAUGGUAUCGUCUCUGGAGAAUCUUCCGGAUUCUCUCUCGGAGAAGAAGCUGCCAAUUGCACGCCGGUUUGUGUCCUCCUUAAAGCGACAGACCUCAUUUCUACACCUUGCUCAGAUUGCCAGGCCAGCUCUGUUUGACCAGAAUGUGGUGAACUCCAUGGUGUGUGACAUCGACAAGGUGGAUUUACACAGCAUCGGGUCCCAAGCCCUUCUCACCAUCUCCAACAGUGGAGAGCAAGACUCAGACCUUUACUCUGAAUAUGACUCCAUUGCAGUGUUUCAAGAGCUGAAAGACCUCCUGAAGAAGAACGCGACCGUGGAGUCCUUUAUUGAGUGGCUGGACACCGUAGUGGAGCAGAAGGUCAUCAAGCCCAGCAAGCAAAAUGGCCGGUCUCUGAAGAAGAGAGCUCAGGACUUCCUUCUCAAGUGGAGCUUCUUCGGGGCGCGAGUCAUGCACAACCUGACCUUGAACAAUGCCACCAGUUUCGGCUCAUUCCAUCUGAUUCGAAUGCUGCUGGACGAAUAUAUUCUGCUGGCAAUUGAAACGCAGUUCAACAAUGACAAAGAACAAGAGCUCCAGAAUCUCUUAGAUAAAUAUAUGAGAAACGCUGAUGCUAGCAAGGCGGCGUUCACGGCCUCCCCCAGUUCCUGUUUCCUUGCCAACCGCAAUAAACCCAGCGCUGCGUCCAGCGAGUCAUCCGUAAAGAACGAGUCGUUCUCCGAGCACACUUACCUGUCUCUGACGGUUCAGCACGGGCUGGGCACAAACAUGGCUGUCUACCAGGGUGCAGACUCAGAUGGCCUGUCCCUGUCAGCUCAAAUGGACUUCUCACAGAACAGCGGCCCCCUGAUGACUCCGCCCAUCUCUCCUGCGAUGGUGAACCGGGGCAGCGUGAUUAACCAGGGCCCCAUGGCCGUCCGGUCCCAGGGCGCCUGCGGUGCCCUCCAGCCUCACCCCGCCUGCCAGGCCUUCCCCGGAGACGCCAUGUACCAGAACCUUCCCCACGCCGGCGCCGGCUACUACCCCGCCGCCUCCGGCUACCAGGCCCUGUUCAGGCCUCCGGCGCAGGGCCCCAACCCGGCCUACCAGGCCCGCGCCGAGGCCGGCCGCUACUCGUCUUUCAGCGAGCACCAGCAGCACCAGCAGCAGCAGCAGGCUCCUCCUCCUCUGCCCAAGGACUACUUCAGCAGCAGCUGCGCCAUGUCGCCCUACGGCUCCCGGCCCAUGUCGACCUUCAGCGCCGCCGCCGCCGACCUGGGGGAGGAGCCUCAGGGCGUUCAGAUCCUGGACCCCGCCGGCUACGGGUUCAUGGGGAAUGGGCUGGGCGGAGCGGCCUGCCAGGGGGGGGCGUACUCGGGACAGAGCGAUUACUAUGGAAACGGUGGUUACCAUGACGCUCAGAGGCUGGGUUCGAUGAUUGAUCAGCACGUGUCGGUGAUCAGCAGCGUGAGCACGAUCCGGUGCGUCCCAGCCUACAGCGACGUGCACGACCCCCUCAACAUCCUGGACGACGCAGGCAGGAAGACCGCCGGCCCCUUCUACACUGACUCCCCAACCCUGACGUCCCGCGCUGGUGGUUCCUCUUCAGCUCCGGCUGACCCCUCCUCCGUCUCCGCCCCCUGCAUGUACGGAGCAACCACGCAGUUCCAUUCCCAGGAUGCACUGCUCUCACACCGGGCCCCGUCUGAGGACAUGGUGUCGUCUCUGCCCCCCAUCAACACCGUGUUCAUGGGAUCGACAGGGGGCGGGCCCUGACCGACAGCACCAGGCUUCAGGUCCUACUGUCCCCUUCUCUUCCUGGUCUGCAGAUCCAAAGCGCAAAGUACACCCAGGAUAAGAUCACAAGGAGCCUUUUUCAUCAUUUCACUAUAAACUACAAUUUUUCCUCUUUAUUUAAUCCCAAAUUUGGAAUUGGGUUGAGUCAUCUUUACCUGGGCAAGGAGCACUGUAGCUACUGCGAGUGCAGUCCUCUAGUCCACUCACCUGUGGGACACUGACUAUUCUACACCCGACAGAGCACAAUAGGAGAGUCGAUUGCAAUCGGAAGAACAGUGUGUCUUACGCUGAAGAAAACCGGUAGCCCGUGUUGUGCUUUGUCCAUUGUUAGGAGGAACUAAUGUAGUGGUAAUCCAAGAAAUCCUACUGUAGGCUACGAGUCAUAGUUGGAUUUUUACUUUCAUGAAAAGUGCCUUUUUCAACUGAGCCACUUGGAAGCCAUAAUAUUGAGUAUUUUUGAAGUCAGUUUUUUUUUUUACUUUAUCAACUGUAUGCAUUAACAUUGCUAGUGGCAGUUGAUUCAGUAUGAUUUGAGUUUCAGGUCUUCAUAGGCCACCCCAGUUAAGAACUUUUCUGUCACAAUUCAGUGUGUAUGUACUAAAAUCCACCAUGGUGGUUUCUUGAGAAAUAUAUGUUUUUUGCCAAAAUGGUGGCAUAUCAAAGGGUGAUGUUAGGCUUUUCUUGUAUUUGAAAAUAUUGAGUACUUGAAACAUUUGUUCCAGCCCUUUAAUUGAUGUGUGAGAAUUGUUUCAGUAUUUGCUAUUAUUAUUAUUAGGUGGUGGAUAUGACCAUUACAAUAUAUCACCAUGUGAUGUACAUGUUGAGUAUUAUGCUAACUUUAUCUCAAAUAUUUUUUUCUGUGAAUUGCUCCAUGUGUUGUUCGUUCUUAUUUAAGGUGUGUGUGAUUUUAUGUAUUUUGCAGAUAAUAUUUUAAUCACGUGCGUUGCCUGCCAGUGACAAUUAAUAAAGAGUUGUAGUGUAAAUAUUCAUUUUGAAAGCUAAAGCCUCUCACUAAAUGCGUGUGAGUUAGGUCCGCAAUAAAUUAGCUGAAAAAUUGAAUUAUAGAGCAGUGGCUCUGACUUACAAAUAUCUGUUGAG